UUGAUAGCUGACAGGGGGACCUCAUGCAUGCUCUCCGAUAGAUUAGGAUGCUGAGUCACAACUGGGAGGCCCUUGUGGAAAUACCCUUGCCCCUCCAGCAGCUGCUGCACACACUCUGUCACUCCUCCUCAGUUCAGAACUCAGGAGGAGGAAGGAAAAGAGCCACGAUAGAACUGCCCAUUGGUGAGUGAAGCUGGCAACGGGGCUUGGUGUAUCUUCAUUAGAGAGGUCCUUCACCGUACACCAGUGGCUCUCCCACUGGAUCGCCACCUGCUUCCACUCAGAGGUUCAAUAGCAGCAGAGAACAGAGCAACUUGUUGCAGUGGAGAGCGGCUAGCAGUUUGAACAAGCAGAGAGGAUGGCAAGCCAGUGGCACAGCCCUCGGAAGGAGCCCGAGAUUGAGCUUUUCGUGAAGGCUGGCCUGGAUGGCGAGAACAUUGGGAAUUGUCCCUUCUGCCAGCGUCUCUUCAUGGUUCUGUGGCUCAAAGGUGUCAAAUUCAACGUGACCACAGUGGACAUGACAAGGAAACCUGAAGAACUGAAAUCUCUGGCUCCAGGGACCAACCCUCCAUUCUUAUUGUUCAACAAGGAGCUGAAAACAGACUUCAUUAAGAUCGAGGAGUUCCUGGAGCAGAUGCUGGCACCUCCUAAGUACCCACACCUGAGCCCCAAAUACAAGGAGUCCUUUGAUGUGGGCAGCAACAUCUUUGCCAAGUUCUCUGCAUACAUCAAGAAUCCCCACAAGGAAGCAAAUGAGAAUUUUGAGAAGGCUUUGCUGAGGGAGUUCAAACGCCUGGAUAACUACCUGAACAACCCACUCCCUGAAGAAAUCGACCAGGACAGUACCGAGGAAGUCCUGGUCUCCAACAGGAAGUUCCUGGAUGGGAACAGGCUGACAUUAGCUGACUGCAAUCUGCUGCCCAAGCUGCACAUCAUCAAAAUUGCUGCCAAGAAAUACCGUGACUUCGAGAUCCCAGCGGAAAUGACAGGCAUCUGGCGCUACCUCCACAAUGCCUACUCCUGUGAUGAGUUCAGCCACACAUGCCCAGCCGACGAGGAGAUAGAACGCACCUACGCCAGCGUUGCCAAGAAGAUGACCUAGGGGGCAGCUGGUUUUUGAAACCCCUCUUUCCAUUGGAAACACUGCCAUGAAACCUGCCUUCUUCUGAAUGGCCACGCCAGUAGAACAGCCCAGUCCUGUCACCUGCAAACAUUCAGGAUCUAGGAACUGCAGGAAUCAUUAUGAUGUAAUUAGUAACUGCCUUUCAGAAAAUAACCCCAUGCUUCCAGCUGCUGCAGCUACCCUACUCAUGUGUAGAUUGACUGCACCCUGAUUGUACAGCUAUAAUCAUUGCAUAUAUAGAAAUGGCACCACUCAGCUGCCAAGGCAGCUGCUUUGUCAUUCCUUAGAGGCUAGGAUUCCCAACCAUUUUGUGGGAUCACCAAUGUUUAUUGUGCAAAACUGCGCAGAGCUGGUGACCAUGUGGCAUAGUGCGGUUUAAGUAUCACCCUUUUGAAUCUGGAGGGUGGGGUACAAAUGAUGUCUUAGAUCCCAGAAAAAUGGGUUUUUACAGAUGCAUAGAGUUUAGGCCAGAAGACACCAUCAGAUCAUCUAGACUUACCUACCCUGUAUAACACAGGGCAUUACAUUUCACCCACUUACCCCUGCUUUGAACCCAAUCACUUGUGUUUGGCUAAAGUAUAUUUUCUGGAAAGGCAUUUGAAGACAUCGCGAGAUAGCACAGGGCUGCACCAGCGGGGGCUGCUCUAGGUCAGGAAUGAGGUGCCCUGGAGGAGCUGUGUGAAGGCUCUAGAAUGGGAGGCUCUGCAAGUCACAAAAAUACCAACAACAGACACUGAACUACAGUGCCUUCCCCUCCUCCGAUACCAGGUUUCCAUUGCUCUGUCUCCAAUGACUUCAGCGGAGCUCCUCCUGAGGCAUGUAGGUGUAGGUUCGAAGUGGAUCAGGCUCACACAUAUCACAAUCUCAAUACAGAGCACCAGCAGCAAAGAGCCAUUUCUUAUACAAAGUUCACCUGGUAAGUGUCAGUGAUCAGCUUGGAAACUCUUGCAAGAGAACUGCCCCGUCUUACUCCUGGAAUGUGGACUGCUAAGACUUAGGUGCUCCAUCUCCAGAUCUCCCUGACCCCCCGCAGCAACACAGCUUGACCAGGAGAGGUUCCCCUUUCAGGUACAGGCAGUGCAGGAGUUUUCCAUGAUUGGGCAAGAGACUGUGAACUUUCUUUCCCCUGAUCCCACACAAGCUGUACCCACCUGCCCAGCCAACCAGGGUGGACAAAAAUUGAUUUACUUUCUAAAACAAAAGGGUUUUUGUAAUUGAUGUGCAGCGUAUCAAGGUCAAACUGUGUGUGCGUGUGCACAGAGCACCCAGGUCCAUUUCUACCACUGGGUGAGCCUAGCACAGUUCCACUGAAGGGUGACUCCAGCUGAGGAUCUGGCCUACAUAAGCAUGGAGUGACUGAUGCUGGCUCAAGAAGUAUGACCCUUGAGGCCCUUUUCUACCACUGUGACCUUGGGAGUUGCUACUAGCUCCGGCAUAGUCCAAGAGGCAAAUGACAGAGGUUUCCUGGGAGGGGCUGGCUCAGUGCUCAUGGCCACACUUUCCCCUCCUCCAUUAGAUUUGUGAUGCUGGCGCCUCCUGCCAAAAUCUGUACCCAGGAAUCUGUCCCCUCUCCCCAAAUAGUACAGAAGCUAAUGGCAACAUAGAUAUUCUGUAGAAUGCAAUGGCAUGCCUAUAAUGUACUAAGCAUUACAGAUCUGCACUGGGCACUGAGAUGGUAAAAGCUCCCUAGAAAACUCACUAAACUUCUCUCUUACUUGUACUUUUGCACUAAAAAGUGUGUACUCGCAAUUCUGCUUUUGAUAUAUUUGUUAGUUUCAUUAAAGUGAUAAUAAACUUUAUUUUAUAUACAACUUUCACAACCCGGCCCCAGACUGCUGUCCAGGAGACGCUGAGAGCUAGAGAAGGCAGUAGAGCAUAAAAAGGUGUCUGGUUGUGCUGGGAACAUGAGAAAGUGAAUACUAAUUGCCCUUCUAAAAUAAACAGUAAUAAUAACCUCCA